AAAUUAUCGCGCGUAGCAAUGUUAUACAUAUGAGCCGCAGAGGCAGCAGCAGCAGCAACCACAACGAAAACAAACUGACAUCGUUUCAGAAAUGAGACGUGCCUUUCCUUACUACAAGAGGUUUGCAGGCACAGUGAAAUCAACCCCCAAACGCCGACCAAAAUCAUCAUGCAGACAAAUGCAUUUUAAGCUUUGCUGCUUAGCAACUAAUGAGGAAUUUAGCCCAGACAAGGAAGAGGAAUGUCUUCUUGCCAAAGCUGGUUUGGGGGUAAAAACAAUAGACAUCCUCUCCGACCUUUCACACGAAGAUUUUAAAGCAACUGGCGAGAGCCAUUUCUAUCGACUAAAACAAUCCAAAAGCAACUGGCUCCUAUACAGGCAUUGUGGGCAUGGCCUCAAGAGCCGUCUGCUAGAAAUACCACCAGGAACUCCUGCAGUGUGAGGCAUGCACAGAGAAGUGUGCACUGUGUGCACUUGAUGUGUCGGUGGUACAUAUGACGGAGCGCUAUGAUGCCAUGCAUUCGAAAGGCCAAGAAACG